AUGGUCCAGAGAACCGAGCUACGGGUCCAUGCAGGCGCAACAUCAAGCCGACGAGACGAUGAUAGGUACCGCGCAAUGGCUUCUACUUACUCCGAGUUCAGGGGACGCAGGGUAGAUCAUGCCGAUGGAGGAGCGCCAACCCACGCUGCAAGCAGAGUGCUGGAUGGUGAUGCUACCGUGCUGCCACAUGAGGACACGACAUACGUAGACGAUACCCAACUAGCGUACCAAGCGCUAGAGAGUCAGCUGAUCACCUCUUCUCUGACCGACCCGGCCAAGACGCCGCCGAGACAUCGCGGCAGUGAGCUGGAGCCUGACUCGCCGUGGCCUGAUGACCUUGAUAUAGCGAGCCCGGAGCGUAGCGAUUGGAUUGUAUCCGUACACGAUCAAGCGUCUGUCGUACCGCGGGUUACAUUGGACGCGCUUCGGCCUACAAAGCGUCCGCGCCGACAAACGAGUCGUGAAGCUCUACCAACACCUGUAUUCAAGCCAUUUCGGAUGCCUUUGAAACGUGCGGCAUCUGACGCCGCCACUUCCUUUCGCCCACCGCAAUCCAACGCCGCAUUUCCUGACCCGGGAUCUCGUACUCCGCCACAGCCGUCUGUCAGCCAGUCGUCAUACCUCAAGACGCCGAAUCUCGUGUCGCCUGAACUCAGGAAGGACAAGUCACCGUUCAAACACACUCUUGCCAGUCCCUUCAACCACAUAGGUGCCGUAAAGCAACCUGGGCGUGAAGUUUCGGACGGUCCAGGUGGCUCAAAGCUCCCAGAUUACCGUGAGCGCACGCCUCAGCAGCGACAAUAUGUUCCUUAUGUGCCGCUUGCCGAGGGCAGUCAGGUUGGCUUGGCUUUUGUUGGGGACCACAGUGGCACUCAAAACCACCUCCACAUAUCUCAGGCCGCAGAAAGCGACGCGCAAACGACGUCCGAGCUGCCAACCACGUACUCGUUGAGUGACAUUACGUCUGAAAGCUCGCGAGGCCGGAAGCGGCUGUCCCAACGUUCCGACAGCGACCCAGGUCCGAAGAUCACAAGCCAGGACUCUACUGAGGCACCCAGCGUUCGGAGAUCGAACAGUGAGCCCAUCGGGCUCCGUCAAAGCCCGGCCAAGAAGGAAGUUCCGGUCAAACUGCGCAUACAGGACGUUACUGCUUUCAAAACGAUCCCAGCUACCAGAGAGGAUCAGACAAGCACCGGCCAGACGCGGCAGAGACCAAUCUUAAUCAGUCCGGAUCAUAGCCUGAAGACCGCAGUAGCUCCGGCUGUCAUCAAGCAGUCUAUCAGCCAGCGAUCCAAUACCACUGUUAAGCCAUCCGGCUGCAAGCACUCGGACAAUGUCGAUGAGCUACGAGUGACAAUGCAAGACCUACCAUUCUCGAUCUUUCCACCAUCACCACCUGUCUCCUGCUCAGGUUUCACUACGCACGUGACUAGAAGCCUGCAAUGGCUGGUGGAGAACUCCCAGAUCUCUGACCACUUUCAACCAGUCCGUGUCACACGCAAUGUCGAUCUGCUAGAGCGAGGUUACUGGCUCUUUCGCACCGACGCUCUCCCGCUCGAAUUGCAAGUCACUACAUGGCAGUUCCUGCAGAAGAUGAUUGCAUCGGGCAAUGCUGGAUGGGGAAUUUGGUGCGUUCGCGAGCUGGGUCGAGAGGAUGAGGGAGAAGCUGCUGUGGAGACGGUUGGGACUCUUGGCAAUCUGAAGAUCUUCUGCUGGGGUGAGGUGAUCAAGCAUAUAUAUCUGAUGCUGUAUGUGGCCAGCAAGAGUAAAGUGAGAAGGCUGGGUCUGCAGUGGUGUGACGCCGAAGAGAAGGUGGUCGUGCAAAUGAGAUGCGCAGAAGAGCGGAGCCGGGUUGCCUAA